CCGGAUGCCCACAGAAGUUCAAGCUCUGCUCUCUCAUCUCCGCCUGGAACCUCAUCUCCUUGCAGUAUGCUGCCUGCCCUCGAACCAGCGCGAACGCCGCCGUCGCAGCGCUGCACAUGUCCCGCGAAGGUGAGGUGAGAGAUGCGCCUGCCUUCACUUGCUCUGCGCGCGCUUUCCUCCGCCGGUGAAGGGCGCGCGAGGCUGCCAUCCACCACUUAACCACUGUCACUUCCUGGACUGCCUCCAAACUUUGUCAACAGCCGUACCAUCUCGCACCUCGACCACCAGUCGCUGUCAUUGCAACCAUUGCUGUCGCCUUCGUUUACAUCCAUACAUCAGCACGAGCCAAGCCCGAAAGCUCGACUUCACCUUCGUGCUAGGAACAGAUCAGGUCGGCGCCACACAAACGCUCGCACACUUCCCACACAUAUCGGCAAGCCGCAACGUCCGGUGCUGUGGCCGACUCCAGCGCGCGGAUUCCGACUUGUCAUGGCCGCCGCGAGAUCAUCGUCACAAGUAAUUGACCUUGUCAGCAGCAGCGAAGAUGAAGAUGACCUCCAGAUCUUAGACCGCCCGCCAAGAUCUGUGCCCGCCACAGCCUUUGGGAACCCGGAUCCUCAUGGCCUGCCGGAACUCGAGCCUCGAAAUGCGUACGACGCAGGCCUAGAAGACUAUGGCAUGGGUACUGCUCCUGGCUUCUUUCCGAACGGGAUCGAGGAUGACCAGAUAUUCCAUCAGGAUCCAGCAGAACGGGAGAGAACACGAGGCGGAGGCGAAUAUCAGUACUUCGGGGACGAGCUGGUGUGGAUUCCAGAUGAUUCUCCUCCUCCGUCUCCGGUCAGGCAGGCGUCUCCACCUGUGCAGGAGGGCGCGAAUAUGCGAUAUUUAGACUACGACAACGCAUUCCCACCACUCGCAAUCGCGCCGGUUUACAAUAGCGACACAUGUUUACAGCGGGUCUUGGAAGUGUUCCCGGAUGUCAGCCACGAACAUGUCCUUUCACUGUAUGCCGAACUUGGACAGCAGCAGCCACCCAUGCUUGGUCCCGAUAUCUACGAGAACAUCGUUACGAAGCUUGCUGAGGCGGACAACUACCCCAAACAGGGCAAGGGCAAGCAACCCGCAGCUAAGCGCAAGGCCGAGAGCGAACUCCAGAACGAUGACUUCAAGCGAUGGGAGGGUCCGGACAGACGAGCUCCUCUUAAGAUGCUGAAUCGGCCAGUGGCUUCGGCGUUGAAGGCAGAUUUUCCCGAUGUUCCUAUGAAGAUCAUCGCCGAGCAACUGUCUCAGCACCGUCAGCAGCUUUUCCAGACCUAUGUUGCGCUCGCAGCAAUGAGAGACGCGAAAGAUUCUGGUUGGACCGGACGUCCGUCAGCCAUGGCUAGCGCCGAUACAAUCGUUCUGAACACUGGGGUUCCUGAGCUCUACGAUGAGUUGCAAGCUGCUCGCAAGCGGGUCAGCGCUGUCAGAGCCGAGCGCACGAUUGAGCAAGCGAGACGUCGAGCCGAGGAAGAGAACCUGAGGCGAGCGGUCGAAGCUGGUGAGACCGCGGAAUGUCAGGCGUGUUUUGACGACCUUCCCAUGAAUCGACAAAUUCAUUGCAAUGGCGCCGAAGCUCAUUUUACCUGCUUCGACUGCAUUACCACGUAUAUCAAGUCAGAAGUCGGCCAAUCUCGCUGCGGUGUCAUGUGCACGGCCGGCUGCGGCUCCGGCUAUCCACACGCUCAACUCCAUCUCCUUGAAGACAAGCAGCUCCUGGAGAAGCUUGAACAACUACAACAGGAGAAGGACAUUCGCGAUGCCGAGCUCGACGAUCUGUCCGAGUGCCCCUUUUGCGACUACAAGGCCAUUCUACCAUCCAUCGAGGAGGACUUUGAAUUUAGAUGUCUGAAUCCAGACUGCGAGAAGGUCAGCUGUCGUCGAUGCAAGGCAGCCUCCCACAUCCCGAUUUCCUGCGAGGAACAUGCCAAGGACCACAAGCUCAACAGCAGACACAAGAUCGAGGAGGCGAUGACCGCAGCAUUGGUGAGAAAGUGCAACAAAUGCAGUAAACCCUUCAUCAAGGAUUUCGGCUGCAACAAGAUGUCCUGCUCGUCGUGUGGUAACUUACAAUGCUACGUCUGCUCGGAGACAGUCAGAGACUACAAUCACUUUGAUCAAAAUGCCGCAGGUGCCCGGAAUGUCAAUCCUGCCGGGCCUUCAUCCAAGCGUUGCCCUCUGUACGAUAAUGUCGAAGAGCGACAUGAACGAGAAAUUAAGGAAGCAGAAGCAAAAGCUCGGGCAGAGGCGUUAGAGGCGAAUCCAGACAUCACGGAAGAGGACCUAAAGAUCAAGGAAUCCGAUGCGGUACGGAAGGCUACUCAGGCCAAGAUCGGCCAACAAGGCGGCGUCCGCGGACCUCCUGGUUUCCCCGGCGGUGACUACGGUUUGUUCAAUCGCGGAGCUGGCCUUGACAUUGAUGCUGACCUGGACGACGAGGACCAUGAUGACCCGCAAUUCCGAGCAGCGGUACGUAGGCAACGUGCUAGGGCGCAUGCAAGGGCGAUGAUGGUUGGCAGAGCGGCGCGAGCAAAUCGGGUCGGAGCUUUGCAGGCACAAGCUGGUGCCGUUCGUGUUCCAAACCGAGCCGGCGGAGCCAACGCAGCGCUGGACAAUCCGAGAGGACCCCUUGGUCAUGGACUUGGUGGCCAUAUUGCAGGCCAUGGAGCUCAAGCACACCUAGCCCGUCCACAGCCAGUAUAUCAAGGUCUUGCGCAUCCUCAUCCCUUACAAGCACCACAGUUGGGAAUGCCCAACAUGGUCGGUUACAUGCCCAUCUACGGGCUACAGAGACCAGACGUUGGCCAGCUCGCUCAGCAAGCCCCCGUGCUACCCUUAGGCAAUGCAGCACCACACAGGUACGGCGAUGCACCUCACGGCUUACAGGCAGCCGCUGCUGAUCGACAUUUGGAACGUGACCAUGGCCCUGGGUACGUAUUGGGAGCCCGGAACAAUGGUUUGGGAGGACAACAAGGUCUCUUUGACGCAUUCGUGGAAGAUCCAUUCGGCGGCGGUGAUGCGGACCCGUUCGGUUUUGGCAGAAUCAUCCAGGGCGACCAGGCCCCGCCACGAUUUCCCGAGAUGCUGGCUCCUGGACAACCUCGCAACCAUGAACUAGGUCGCAAUGCUCAGCCGGAGCUUCGGGAGCAGCACGAGGCUCUUGCAUAUCGGACUGCAAGAGAGAGGCAGCGUAAUGCGUUGCAAAAUAUGGAAGAUCGGGCGGGUGGGGAUGGAACAGUUUACGAAUUGGCCUACGCGGAUCCGAGACGCAGACGACGUGGAGUGUUUCCUGGUGCGCCAAAUGCUGGAUAGGCGCGACUCGCUUACACUGGCUGUGAAGGAAAGACAUUGUCAUUCAUCGUGUGUUAUAUCUGCGUUUUGAGCGUGGUUUCGCAUCUUUCAAGCAGGCUUUUGGUUUUAGCGAGGCGUCUGUCAUUAGGUGACUGCUUGGUCUAGAUUCAGACCCAACAUUUAUACUGAAAGCAAAGUUCGUUCAUAG